AAUGUGUUAGAAAUGCAAUAGAUUAUAAUAGAAAUACAGAAUUACAAGAAUAGGAAUUAUUUUUUGGAAAUUAGUCACUCCUAAGUUACUUUUAAUAGUAAAUAUUUAAACGUCAAAAGUUUGGCAAAUGGGAUGUGAUUAAUAAGAAUGGUGGCUAUAAAAAAUUAUAAUUUAAGUGCAGGUAGUAAACUAUUACUUUAGCAAUUUAAUUUAAUGUGAGUGGGGGGAAGAGUAUUAAAUUUCUGGGAUGUGGAUCGAAUUAGAAGAUAAGUUUUGCCAGUAAUUUGAAAUCCGUUUAAAAUUUAAGUUAAAAUGAA